ACAGUAAUCAAUAUGUUCUCCAAUUAUAUUAACACGGCCGGGUACACGAACAAAAUAUGAUGGCUCACAACCGAAAGCAUUGUAAAAUAGUUCACUUAAUUUUAUUAUUCUUUCACUGCAUGGAAUGUUUAAGAUUGGCACCUCCUGCUCGUCCUGGUAAUAGCCAUGGUGACACGCCUCCAGGCCCUUCAACUUCAGGAGUUAAAUAGCAAUCCUGAAAUACUGCCCGUGAAGCGAGGAACUGCCGUCAUCAGUAACGAUAAAUCGAUCAUAGCCAAAAUAAUAGACCUCAAACUAUUCAUAGAGGAUGUAAAAGUCAAUGUACUGAGGUUUUCCGAAUUAAAUAAGAUAGUUAAUAAUUUAAAUAAGAAUUUUUCAUAUAACUUUGUAGAUGUUAAUACACAAGUAGAAUCUAUUGAAAAAAUUGGUAGAUUGGCGAAUCUAUUAUACACUCCUACAUUAGAAAAUUUAGUUAAAAUAGAGCGAACUAUAAUAGUAAAAGCUCAUUUAAAAGGAUAACUUAUCUUUUGGAAAUACCUCUCGUCACUAAGGACAUUUAAUAUUUAUUAUAAGCUCUAUCCCUUACCUGUACUAUCCCAUAACCGUACCACUGUCAUUUAAAAAAAAUGCCCGUACCUUUUAGUGAAAGGGUCGAAUAUUAGACUACUUACUCAUCCCUGUGAGGAAGCCGAUGAAUACAGUUACCUCUGUCCUAAGGAUGACACAUCCCAACUAAUUAAGGACGAGUGCAUCACAGAACUGAUGACUUAUGCUGAAAAUAUAUCCUCAUGCAUCCAAGUUCCAGUCAUUUUGGAAGCUGUAAGGGUGCACAGAUGGAUUAUCUACACCAAGGAGUCUACUUCACUCUCCGAGAUUUGUAAUAAUGAAAUAACAAGGCGGAAAAUUCAUGGCACAUUUAUCUUAACAUUGGACGAUAACCGUGCAGCCAAAAUCAAUGAUAUUAACCUAACAAGUAACCCUGUGGAAAUUGAAAGCAUUUCACCCCCUAUAUUACUUAUGAUUAACCUACUUGCAAUAAACUCAUCCCUCGAGAUGUCAUCCCCGGUGCAGUUGAACCUAGAAGGUAUAGAUCUUACGGACCUCAAACUUCUGUCAGUUGCAUUAAGAAAAAGUGAAAUUAAAAACGUGAAAGUGAAAAGGCAAUUGUGGUGAUUAAAAGUGUUAGCCAAUGGAUUAUUUUAUUGUAUGGACUGUUAUUCAUUAUUGUAACCUGUCUUAGUUUAUAAGUAUCAUUUAAAUUUGUUUAUAUUUGUAUCCGAAGUUCUCCUGUACACGUGAACUUCGUACUUGAGGAGGCAGGUGUUACGGGUGGCGAGACCCACCAAGAUGUCCGCAUCAGCAGAAUAUUCUUAUGUACAUGCCUGUGGUCCGCAACCACAGGCAUGUGCUGCGUGGAUAAAUGGAAACUACCAAGCUCCUGUGUGGGCUCUCAUGCAUUAGUUUUUAAGCAUAGAAUGUUAAGUUAGUCUUAAGCGAGUUCUUGUAGCGAUUAAACAUCUUUUAAUU